CACACACAGCCGGCGCACCCCGACCAACAAGACACGCACCAGGCCAUGUUCCUCCCUCCCCGUUUCCUCCCCCGUCGCCUUGCUGGAGCUGAGGGAGGCGCAGAGCCUUCACCGACCAUCCCCGCGCAACCCUAACUCGCACUACAGAGGAGAGUUCGGGGGUCAAGCCCAGUCCCCAGAGGCAGUACCCAGCGGUGCGUCUCAGUGUGGUGGCGGGGCGGCAGGCGGCAGGGCAACCGUACCUGCGGCAAGCGGAGCAGGCUGGCCAGUACGGUGGUCGGCGGCAGAAAAUGAAGUGGAGGACCUACAUGAAGAGGAUGAUCUUUAUGAACAGUCAAGAAGGAAUUUCAGCCAAGAUCGCAAAGUUCCAUUAGUUGCAUACAAGCUGAAGGGAGGUGCUGGUGCAUGGUGGCACCGUCAUCAAGAAGAGCGCAGGCUGAGAGAGGAACCUCGUAUAAGAUAUUGGCAUCAAAUGAAGGCACUUUUGAAGGUUAGAUUCUUACCCGCUGAUUAUGAGCAGAUCCUUUUCACUGAAUUCCAGAACUGUGCUCAAGGCAUUAGGUCUGUUUCGGACUACACAGAGGAAUUUUUGAGGCUGCAAGUAAGGUGCAACCUUGCUGAAACUGAAGAUCAUCAAGUUGCAAGGUACAUCUAUGGUCUCAAUGAUGUCAUAAGAGAUCAGUUGGUCAUGCAACAAAUUUGGUCAAUAGAUCAAGCUCAAGCUCUAGCAUUGAAAGCUGAGAGACAUGUGAAGACAAAGAAGAUAACCAAGUCCCAAUCACAUUCUCACAUGGAGGGCUCAUCGAAAGGCUGUCCUAGCAAGACGGAUAGUAAAACUACUCAAUCAAAAGCAAAGCAAUCUGAACCUAAACAAGCUCCCAAGAAGAAUAGAGCAAGGAGAAACCCAAAUGUCACCAAAUUCUAUAAGUGUGGUGAAGGACAUGUAUCCAGCAACUGUCCUAGGAGGAAAGUUGUCAACACUACACGCCAUGAAAGCGAUGAUGACAGCGACAAUGGUGAUUGUGAAUAUGAGUUGAAGUUGAGGAAGAACAAGACCUUUGUGAGGAGGAAGGUGACGAAGUAG